CGGUCCUCCGCGCGGUCGCACCGCGUCCCCCCGGCGCGGGCUCGGCUCUGUGCUCUCGGGGUUCGCGGCCCCCGAGCGCGGGGCUCCGCGGAGCCGGGGACGGCGUCGGGCCCCCGCGGCGAGCUUUCCGCGAGCGAGGCUGUGUGUGUGUGUGUCUCGGGCGCGCCCCGAGCGGGGAGGUGCCUGGGAGCGCCCGCGCGCCGCAGGGCGGGGAGGGCCGCCUCUGCCCGCGCCCCGGGAGAAGGGCGGCGCGGCGGUCCCCCGCCCCCUGGGGCUCCGGGACCCCGGACUCUGGAACGUCGGAGACGGAAGGGGCAUCCCUGCCACCCCCCGCCCUCCCCCUUCCCACAGGUUGGCCGAAUGGACGCUGCAAAGAGGAAAUCCAGUUAUCAAAAUGACUCCAGAAAAGAGAACCUAACAUCCAUAACAAUGGGAAAUACUGAAAACGUUACCAAAAAGCUACCAUUCCUCAAAACACCAGGCCCAGAUGGUGUCACAGGUUAAAAAAAAUCCUUCAUGAAGACGACAGAUCUUAAGCCACAUGAUGGAUUCAGAAGCUCAUAAAAAGAGGUCGCCAAUCAUAACAUCUUCAAAACAAGAUAUAUCACCUCAUAUUACAGAUGUUGGUGAAAGGAAACAUUAUUUGUGUGGCUGCUGUGCAGCUUUCAGCAACGUAGCGAUCACAUUUCCCAUUCAGAAGGUCCUCUUUCGGCAACAGCUGUAUGGAAUCAAAACCAGGGAUGCAGUGCUUCAGUUGAGGAGGGAUGGAUUUCGAAACUUGUAUCGCGGAAUUCUUCCCCCAUUAGUGCAGAAGACAACCACACUGGCGCUUAUGUUUGGUCUGUAUGAGGAUUUGUCUUGCCUGCUCCGUAAGCAUGUCAGUACCCCAGAUGUUGCAACCCGUAGCCUGGCAGCAAUACUUGCAGGGGCAACAGAAGCAAUUUUCACUCCGUUGGAAAGAGUUCAGACACUGCUUCAAGACCACAAGCAUCAUGAUAAAUUUACAAACACUUACCAGGCCUUCAAGGCGCUGAGAUGCCACGGAGUUGGAGAGUACUAUCGAGGCCUGAUGCCUGUGCUUUUCCGCAACGGGUUCAGCAACGUCCUGUUUUUUGGCUUUCGGGGUCCCAUUAAGGAGCACCUGCCGACCGCCACAACCUACAGCGCGCAUUUGGUCAAUGAUUUUAUCUGUGGAGGUCUAUUGGGUGCCAUGUUGGGAAUCUUGUUUUUUCCAAUUAAUGUUGUAAAAACUCGCAUGCAGUCUCAGAUUGGAGGGGAAUUUCAGUCUUUUCCCCAGGUUUUCAAAAUAAUCUGGUUAGAACGAGACAGGAAACUGACAAAUCUUUUCAGAGGUGCCCAUCUAAAUUACCACCGGUCCCUCAUCUCUUGGGGAAUAAUCAAUGCAACUUAUGAAUUCCUGUUAAAAAUUACAUGAAAGAAAUAAUUAAGUGCCAUUUACCAACUGACUAGACCUUUAAAGAAGAAUGUAGUUUGGCCUCGUUCCUAAUUGGCCAAUAUAAGUUGGUGUCGUAAGUUCAGGGCACAAUGAAUUAUGGCAAAGCUAUUUUCCUUAAGCACCAACAAAUCAGAAUAAAAGGUUUCAAUAGAAAAAUUUAAGGGUUUUUGGGUGUGUUUUUUUUUUAAUAAUUUUUUAUUGAUUUCAGAGAGAGAAAGGGAGAGAGAAACAUCAGUGAUGAGUACAAGUCAUUGGUUGGCUGCCUCCCGAAUAUCCAGUACUGGGGAUGGAGCCCGCACCUGGGCUUGGGCUCUGACCGAGUAUCGAUACUUCACCACUAAACCCCAACGGCCGGGCUGUUUUGUUUUGUUCUAAUUAUUACCUGAGAACUUUGGGCUAAUUGCUUGGUUAAUAGCUGUCUGUCUAUGGAUGGCUUUUGCUGAGGAAACUAAUAGCCAAGAUAGUCUUUUCCCCCAAAUCUUUAAACCCUUAUUAAAACAUAAGUGGCCAUGACCAGCCAGAGAAAAGGCUCUUAGGGCCCCUUGAAUUCUCAGGCUUACUUUUAUUACUCCAUUUCUUGCUUCCCUCCUCUUAGGAGGAGUUGCAAAGUGUAAUCUUUGCUAAACUAAAGCAUACACACAAGGAGCAGGACAGAAGAAAGCUUAAUAGAUGUAAGCUUUUCAUGAUAAAUUGCUUGUAUUUUGAAACAGCACCUGUUGGGAUAGUCAUUAUCCACGCUGUUUCUAUUUAGGCAUGGUAGACUCCAGCAGCUAAUGAAAGCUCCCAUUUGCUUUCUGGAUUUGAAAGUUUUCAGUGUAAUUCUGAAUGUGACCUUAAACCUGUCCAGAAUAUCCUCAUGUUAAUUUCACUGCCAAAAGGUGGGGAGACUUAAAUUUUGUCAUAGGUGUUUCAUCUUACUAAGUUUCAAAUUAAUUAUGUAAAGAUCAAACUCUCUUUAGCUCAGUUUCUUUGAAUUAUUGUUGCCAACUUAGCAAAUAGCUUUGGGAGUUUUUCCCCCUUUACGUACUAGUUUGUCUUAUUCAAGUACUCUGUUCUCUUGAAACUCCUUUUAGAAAACACUUCCAUAAAACUUUAUUUUGAAAGUCUGUUUAAUAGAAUCCCAGGUUUUAUUCCUGGUUUCUCGUGUGUGUGUGUGUGUGUGUGUGUGUGUGUGUGUGCGCGCGCGCUCAGGAUAGCUUUCGUCCCACAGUGUUGGCUGUCUUUUUUUAUUUUAAUUUAGUUUUGGAAAUAGAGACUUGUAUUAGGAUUUUUACAUUUUGGGAACCCAAUUUUACCAUUUUAUCAUUAGAACAAUUUGAGAGGAUCAGAUCUAAAUAAAGACAUUUGAAGGGUUAAUUUUAAAUUUCUAGACUGGUAAUAGCUGGAUAGAUUAGUCAUCUCUUACCUAACAAAAACAUAUUUGUCAAAGGAAUCAGCUUUUAAGAUGUAUUUUCCCAAUAAAUCAGGCAAAAUGAUUCAUACAGCAGUUGAAUGAUUAGUAAUCAUGAAACAUCUUAGAAAGGUGGUGUUUUUUUUUAAAACCUACAUCUGUAAAUAUGUAGUUAAGAUUGCUUUCCAGCAUCUGACAUGGCAGAGUAGUUAGGAUUCCUACUACCAGUUUCUCAUCAGGCUGGGUAAUUGCAUAUGAAAAUGUGCAUGUAAUGACCAAAAUAAAAUCAGGGUCUCAAUUGGUAGUUUACUCAGUUUCUGGGCAGAUAGUCUAAAACAUGUUUACCUCUACACGCAGUAUGGCUGGUCAAAUAAAAUGAACAUCCUUCUUCCAACCAAAAGGAUUAGGAAGCAUAAUCAAGCAUUUGUUAGGCAAUAAUCAAGCUCAGGAGAUUUACAACAGCUCUGUUUGACAGUGUUGUGCUAAAAAUGGCAGUUUACUUGAGCAACCAAGGUGCAGAUGUCAGGAUUUCAGAAAACUCA